GCAUUGAUAGGUGGCACUGACGGGUGACACUGAAAGGCAGCUCAGAUGGGCACUGAUAUGUGGCAUUGAUGUGCACUGGUAGGCACUGAUGUGGCACUUAUAGGAACUGGCACGAGGCACUGAUGAGCACUGACAUAAGGCACUGAUGGACACUGACAGAUGGCACUGCUGGGGCUACACUGAUCAUCAGGGCACACUGAUCAUCAGUGCCCUGCGGCUCUCCUCUCGAGCUGUCAGCGUGACAGCUCGAGAGGAGAGAAAUGCCGAUAACCGACAU